AUGGCGGCGGCAGGGAAUCGUACUUCGUCGUCGGGAUUAUUCUCGGGCAGCAGUGAGGAGGUGGCCGCUGCUGCUGCCGCCGGGAGCCUGAAGGGCGGCACGGGCGCGGGGAGUAUCGCCGGGAGCGGUGGGGGGCUCCUGCGGGAGGCGGGCGGCGGUGGCUGCCAGGAGCAGCGCUCUGACUGGAGACGGAAGCAGCUGCGCAAAGUGCGGAGUGUGGAGCUGGACCGGCUGCCUGAGGCGCCCCUCUUCCUCGCCGCCGCCGCCUUCUCGUCCUCCUCUUCGCCGGAGCCUCCCGAAACGCUGCUGCUCCAUUACCUGCCCGGGCCGCGCUUCAGCUCCGCCAGCCCGGCUGCCUCCCCCAGCCGCUGUGCCGAGUUCCUGGAGUCGCUGCCGACGGGGACUGACCCCGCCGCGGAGCGGAGGAUGGAGCCGUCCCCCCCUGUUAGUUGUGACAUGGAGAAUAGAGAAACCCUCAGGGGGUUGCAGAAGAUGGAUGACCGCCCAGAAGAGCGUAUGAUCAGGGAGAAACUCAAGGCAAUGUGUAUGCCAGCCUGGAAGCAUGAAUGGCUGGAAAGAAGAAGCAGGAGAGGCCCUGUGGUGGUGAAACCUAUCUCUGGGAAAGGAGAUGGAUUGGAAAUGAACAAACUCUCUCUAGAGCCUCGGGCUGAAGGACAAAGCACUGCUGCUUCACUUACACAGAAAGGAAGACGUAGUCCUUCUCCUAGUAGCUUUUCAUCAUCCUCUAGGACAGUUAAAUCUGAAUCACCGGGUGUUAGAAGAAAAAGGGUAUCUCCAGUGCCUUUUCAGAGUGGACGAAUAACGCCACCUCGACGAGCCCCAUCUCCAGAUGGCUCCUCUCCAUACAGCCCUGAGGAAACAAAUCGUCGUGUCAACAAAGUUAUGCGAGCCAGGCUGUACCUGCUGCAGCAGAUAGGACCCAACUCUUUCUUAAUUGGCGGAGAUAGCCCUGAUAAUAAAUACAGAGUGUUUAUUGGGCCUCAGACUUGUAGCUGUGGCCGUGGGACAUUUUGUAUUCAUCUGCUGUUCGUUAUGUUGCGGGUCUUCCAGCUUGAACCAUCAGACCCAAUGCUCUGGAGAAAGACGCUGAAGAACUUUGAGGUUGAGAGUUUGUUCCAGAAAUAUCACAGUAGGCGUAGCUCGAGGAUCAAAGCUCCAUCUCGUAACACCAUCCAGAAGUUUGUCUCACGCAUGUCAAAUUCUCAUACAUUGUCAUCAUCUAGUACUUCUACAUCUAGUUCAGAAAACAGUAUGAAGGAUGAAGAAGAACAGAUGUGCCCCAUUUGUUUGUUAGGCAUGCUGGAUGAAGAGAGCCUAACUGUGUGUGAAGAUGGCUGCAGGAACAAAUUACACCACCACUGCAUGUCAAUAUGGGCAGAAGAAUGCAGAAGAAACAGAGAGCCACUUAUAUGUCCUCUUUGUAGAUCUAAAUGGAGAUCUCAUGAUUUCUAUAGUCAUGAAUUGCCAAGCCCUGUGGAUUCUUCUUCUGUUCUCCAUGUGGUUCAUCAACAAAUUCAGCAGCAAUCUACAGUUGGAUCACAGAGAAGAACCCAAGAUAGCAAUUUUAACCUUACUCAUUAUGGGGUCCAGCAGAUCCCUUCUGCCUAUAAAGAUUUAGCUGAGCCAUGGAUUCAGGUAUUUGGAAUGGAGUUAGUUGGCUGCUUGUUUUCUCGAAACUGGAAUAUACGAGAGAUGGCACUUAGACGUCUUUCCCAUGACGUUAGUGGUGCUCUAUUACUGGCUAAUGGUGAAAGCACUGGAAAUUCUGGAAGUAGCAAUGGAAACAACACAAGUGCUGGAGCUUUGGGAGCAGUUAGUGGGUCAUCUCAGACCGGUAUCUCAGGAGAUGUGGUGGUAGAAUCCUGCUGUGGUGUGCUGUCCGUGGUCUGUGCCGACCCUGUCUACAAAGUGUAUGUUGCUGCUUUAAAAACCUUAAGAGCCAUGCUGGUAUAUACUCCUUGUCAUACUUUAGCAGAGAGGACUAAACUACAGCAACUUCUCAAGCCAGUUGUAGAGACAAUAUUAGUUAAAUGUGCAGAUGCCAACAGUCGAACAAGCCAACUUUCAGUCUCAACACUAUUGGAGAUGUGUAAAGGCCAAGCGGGAGAGCUGGCAGUUGGGAGAGAAAUACUUAAAUCUGGGUCUAUUGGUAUUGGUGGUGUUGAUUAUGUCUUAAACUGUAUUCUCGGAAUCCAAACUGAGUCUAGCAACUGGCAAGUGCUACUGGGGCGACUUUGUCUAAUAGACAGACUUCUGUUGGAAUUUCCUGGUGAAUUUUAUCCCCACAUUGUCUGUGGGAGUGUUUUACAGGCUGAUACUGUAGUAGACAGGUAUAAGAAACUUCUCUCCCUCUUAAAUUUUGCCUUGCAGUCAAUUGACAAUUCCCACUCAAUGGUUGGAAAACUAUCGCGGAGAGUAUUUUUGAGUGCAGCAAGAAUGGUGGCAAGAGUGCCCCAUGUUUUUGUAAAGCUGUUAGAAAUGUUGAGUGUGACAAGCUCAACUCAUUACGUAAGGAUGCGUCGACGUCUGAUGGCAAUAGCAGAUGAAAUGGAAAUUGCAGAUGCCAUCCAGCUAGGCAUGGAAGAAAUGUACUCUGGGGAAUGUCAACAUGAAGGCUUUUUGCAGCUACCUGUACCAGAUAACUCUCCAGAAGCUACAGAAAGUAAUACUCCUAACAAUACUGUCCAGUUAUCAAGGAAAAGUGAGAAAAGUUUAAGUGAUAAAAAACUGAAUGCCAGUCUAGAGGACACUUCUGAGAUGCUGGUUGGCCUUGCUGUGGGACUUCCUGUUUCAUCAGUAACCACUGAGCAACCAAAGCCAGCCAUUCAAACAAAAGGAAAACCUUCCAGUCAGUGUUUGAACUCUUCUCCCUUAUCCAGUCAUUCUCAGUCAUUAUUCCCAAUGCUUCGGUCUCCUUCAAACCCAUCUGUACUAGCUGGCACUGUAACAGAUGUCUCUCAACUCAGACCUCAGGGAUUCAUCCCCUGCAAAAUCCCCUCACCUUCUCCUCAAACACAGUGGAAACUUUCUCUCCAGUUUCAGAGAAACUGUUCUGAAAAUAAAGAACCAGAGAAACUUUCUCCAGUUUUUACCCAAGCCAGGCCAUUGCUAUCCAGUCACAUACACAGGCCAAAGCCAUCACAACCCACCCCAAGUGAUGUGAACAAGCAGGGAGAAACCUCAAACAAUAUGACACUUGACCUGAAUGAUAUUUUGCGGUGUGAUGGCAAUAGUAGUAGCAGUGUGGUUAUACCAAGUGAAGAGGCAGUGUUCACACCGGUAGAUGAGAAAUGUCAAUUGGAUGUUAAUGCAGAGCUCAAUUCCAGUAUUGAGGACCUGCUCGAGGCCUCCAUGCCAAUGAGUGAUGGCACAGUUACAUUCAAGUCUGAAGUUGCAGUUCUUUCUCCUGAGCGGGCAGAAAAUGAUGAUACUUACAAAGAUGAUGUAAAUCAUAAUCAAAAAUGCAAGGAAAAGAUGGAAGCUGAAGAAGAGGAAGCUUUAGCUAUUGCUAUGGCAAUGUCGGCAUCUCAAGAUGCCCUGCCAAUAAUUCCCCAACUACAGGUUGAAAAUGGUGAAGAUAUAAUCAUUCAGCAGGAUACACCAGAAACCCUGCCUGGACAUACCAAAGCAAAACACAAUUACAGAGAAGAUGCAGAAUGGCUUAAAGGUCAGCAAAUUGGUCUUGGAGCUUUCUCUUCCUGUUACCAAGCUCAAGAUGUAGGAACAGGGACAUUAAUGGCUGUAAAACAGGUGAUGUAUGUCAGGAACACAUCAUCUGAGCAAGAAGAGGUAGUUGAAGCACUGAGAGAAGAAAUAAGGAUGAUGAGUCAUCUGAACCAUCCUAACAUUAUUCGAAUGUUGGGUGCUACAUGUGAGAAGAGUAACUAUAACCUCUUUAUUGAAUGGAUGGCAGGGGGUUCAGUUGCUCAUUUGUUAAGUAAAUAUGGAGCCUUCAAAGAAUCUGUUAUUAUUAAUUAUACAGAUCAACUGUUACGUGGCCUUUCUUACCUCCAUGAGAAUCAGAUAAUCCAUAGAGAUGUUAAAGGUGCCAAUUUGCUAAUUGACAGCACAGGUCAUAGAUUAAGAAUUGCUGAUUUUGGAGCUGCAGCCAGGUUGGCAUCAAAAGGAACUGGUGCUGGGGAGUUUCAGGGACAGUUGUUGGGAACUAUUGCAUUUAUGGCACCGGAGGUUCUGAGAGGUCAGCAAUAUGGUAGGAGCUGUGAUGUGUGGAGUGUUGGCUGUGUUGUUAUAGAAAUGGCUUGUGCUAAACCUCCCUGGAAUGCAGAGAAACACUCCAAUCAUCUUGCUCUGAUAUUUAAGAUUGCUAGUGCAACUACUGCUCCAUCAAUCCCUUCACAUCUGUCUCCUGGUUUGAGAGAUGUGACUCUUCGGUGUUUAGAACUUCAACCUCAGGACAGACCCCCAUCAAGGGAGCUGCUGAAACACCCAGUCUUCCGUACUACAUGGUAGCUACUUAUGUGUAAGGCUGAUAUACUGAAGAUGCUACUGAAUAUAUGAUAACUGUCUUGCAGUGCAGUUAAGCACAGCAGCUUGUAUUAUUCUGCUGGCCUUAAUGAUAGAUACAUCAAGGACAUGAGGCCAGUGGAGGACCCUACCUAAGUAUGUGAUUGACAAAUCAAGAUCUUUACUGAAGUUCAGUAUGCAACAUUUCACAACUUGUGCAGACUUGUAAACUGUGCCUUUCAAACAUCUGGCUCUAUGAACACAAAAGCAUUUUUCCUUAAAUCUGCAUGAUUAUUUA